GAAUAAUAAUAAUCAUCAUGGUGGAGCCGGUGGGGUUUGUGGCUGCAUGGAAAGCCCAGUUCCCUGAGUCUGACCCCCCCUCCAUGGAUCUGGAGUCACCGGGGAACAUCGAGCAGGAGCUGGACAAAUGCAAGACGUCCAUCAGACAACUGGAGAAGGAAGUGAACAAGGAGCGUUUCCGCAUGAUCUACCUGCAGACUCUGCUGGCCAAAGAGAGGAAAUCCUACGAUGGGCAGCGGUGGGGAUUUAAAAACUCUCCACAGAUCAACGAUGGAGACCAGCACACAGACACAGAUGAAGUAAGCAGUAAAGCACAUCUGGAGGUGGAUGCAGCGUCUCCGAGCAAACAGAAAGAUGUUGGUCCAGAGGUUCCUGAGUAUCCUCCAAGCACAGGCUCCGUGGCCGCUCUGAGGUCCAACUUUGAGCGCAUCAGGAGGGCCAACUCUCACUCUGCAGGGGACGGGAGGGGCCUGUCGGUGAUGGAGAAGCCCUUCUACGUGAACAUGGAGUACCACCACGAGCGAGGCCUGGUCAAAGUCAACGACAGGGAGGUUUCAGACAAGAUCAGCACCCUGGGGAGUCAGGCCAUGCAGAUGGAGAGGAAACGGUCCCUUCAUUCACUUCCUGGGAACCUUUCUGCUGCAUCGGGGGACAUCAGUAAGGUGCAGAGAGGGAGAUCCACGGAGGGAGUCAACGGGGCGUACGAGGAGGUGGGGGGGAGGUCCGAGUGCCAGCCCUACACCAGUGUGUACGUGGGGGGGAUGAUGGGGGAGGGGGAGCCUCGAGUGAUCCACAUCCGGGACCACAGCCAGGAGGAGGACGCUCACCUCACCUGGCCCAGGAGGUCCUACUCUCCAGGGAGCUUCGACGACGUGGGAGGUGAUGGGAAAUGGAUCAUUAAUAAACUCCUCACCACCUUCCUCAAGACCCUGGUAGCCAUGCCAAGUGUCAUAGGGGCAUUUAAGUCUGCCUUAACUUUCGGGGUCUCCACUGCAGAAUGUGGGAACCUGAAAAGCCUCACGCAUGAUCGUGCCGCCGUGCACACGGAGUUUCAAACGUGGUUUCUAUGCUGCUCUUUAUUUCUGUGUCUCUACGCAGUGAUGUUGGCCAUGCUGCUGGAUCUUAUCUACAUGACGGGUUAG